CAGAAAUAGAAGAAGGAUGGUGGUCUACUGGUGGAGAUUUUGCGCAGCUGUCCUGAGGCGAUCAAGUUUUAUAUUAAAAUAAGAGCAGGAUCACAGCAGUGCAGGUGCUUUUUACAGCUCUGGUCAUGUCACAGGAGAGUGAGGAGGAGAUAACGCAAAGCUCUCCUCCUAAACACCAGGAUGUACACAGCUCUCCUUCUAAACACCAGGAUGUACACAGCUCUCCUUCUAAAUACCAGGAUGUACAAAGCUCUCCUCCUAAAUACCAGGAUGUACAAAGCUCUCCUCCUAAAUACCAGGAUGUACAAAGCUCUCCUCCUAAAUACCAGGAUGUACAAAACUCUCCUCCUAAACACCAGGACGUGCACAGCAGAGACAGGCCUUUCAGCUGUGACCUCUGCCCAAACACCUUCACUUGCUCCACUCAGCUCAAACUGCACAAAAGCUCGCAUAAUGGAGACAACCCCCAGAGAUGUGACCGGCGCAAGAGGAGGAGAGCACAGCCCGAUGGUCUGAUACAGCAUGGAACAACAGAUUCAAGUGACACUGCACAUAAAACACAGAAGCGUAUUCACAAGAACAGCAAACACAAGAGUAAGCCUUAUGAGUGUGAGUACUGUGAGAAGCCAUUUGGACGGAAAAGUCAGCUUAGAGAACAUGUCUUUACUCACACCGGGUACAAGCCGUUCAAAUGUGACCAGUGUGAGAGGACAUUUACCAGAGCUUUUGACCUUAAACGCCAUAAGGCUGUCCACGUGGGAAAAGGAUACAGCUGUGAUGUUUGUUCUAUGAAAUUCCUAGAUGUAAAUUCUCUUAUAAAGCAUCAGAAGAAGAUUCACGGCAGUACCCAGGGAGCAGAAAGUCUGCACACUUGUAACGAUAGUAGGCCUUAUAAGUGUGAGUAUUGUGAGAAAUCAUUUAUUCGGCAAAGCCAACUUAGAGAACAUGUUUACACUCACACCGGGUACAAACCAUACAAAUGUGAUGAGUGCGAGAGGACAUUUACCAGAGCUUUUGAUCUGAAACGCCACAAGGAUAUCCACGUAGAAAAAGAAUACAGAUACAGCUGUGAUCUUUGUGGGAUGAAAUUCCCACGUGCAAAUUCUCUUAAAGUACAUCUGGGGAACCACAGCGGGAAGAAGCCAUUUGGUUGUGCCUACUGCAAAGCCACCUUUGACCUUUUAUAUGAACUCAAAGAGCAUCUGCACUCACAUCCUGGGCCAAAGUUUUGUAAAUGUGAGCGAUGUGGAACCAGAUUUUCCCAACUCUCAAAUCUCAAAAGACACAUGCGGAAUCACCUGGGACAGCCAGCGUACCCAUGUGACCAGUGUGGGAGGGUUUUCAAUGAACCGUCCACUCUACGGACUCACUACUUGGUGCACUCCGGCUCUUAUGCCUGCGAUAAGUGUGAGAGGAGUUUUAUCACAGAAGAAAACUUACAAGAACAUAGAAUCAUACACACUGAAGAAGUACAUUUUUCAGGUGUAGAGGAGUCUAAUGUUGAGCCUACAGAUAAUUUACCUGUUCAAGGACUGGACGAUGUUUAUGCUGUAGAGGUGGAUAGUCUUCAGGUUAAAGAGUUUGAGAUCUCAUGUGAAGUGUGUUCAGACACAUUUCAUUCCAAAGACCAAUAUUAUGAACAUUUGCAGAACCACGAGAUUGAGCUUGUUGUGAUCUAACACAGAAUUAACUACACUAAAACACAGAUGUGUUUGAUAAGCUACGGUAUGCAUUAAAUAGCAUGUACUAUGAUUAAAAAACCUGUGCAAUUGCAGCAUUUGAUGCCAUUACAAUCUCAAUUGUCUAGAAAAGGAGCAGACCGUACCAUUGGGACAUCAGUGUGAGAUUUGGAGACCAGAACGAGCACCAGAAUGAGCUGCAAUCUCUAUUUUAAAAUAUGUGUGCUUGUUUUCUUGACCAUCAGAAAUACAGGUGGCAUUCCACACAAGUUCUUAAAUGGUCUGAAAAGUCAAGAAAACAUUCAAAAUGGUUUAAAUAAGAAAUUGAAUACAGUAUGUGAUCACUGCAUGUGUUUAGGUGUGAGUGUGACUGAACUGGAAAAAAGUCAACUUCUAAUUUUUAUUUUAUUUGAGAGGGACUAGUUUAAUUGCAUAGAUUUUCUCAGUUUAGUUCCAAUAGUCAGUUAAAAACAAACAAAACAAAAAAAAUAUUGGGAAAGAUUCAAUUUAAUUGUCAAUUGUUGUUGUCAUAUGCGCUGUAAAACAUAUCAUUCUAUUCUUCAUAUGCUGUAAAUUGGGAAUAGAAUUGACUUAAAAUUGAAGGACUCUCAUUUCGUCCUGAUCCUAAUAAUACCACAGUCAGUCUACCCCAGGCAGCUGUGGCUACAAGUGUAGCUUACCAUCACCGACUGAAAUAGAUGAAUUGUUAUUAUUACAAGUUUAUUGUUUCACCAUUGGAUUUUUUACAGCGCCUUUUAGGACACCCAAAGUGCUUUACAUUGCAUUAUUCAUUCACUCCACACAUGGUGGUGACUACGAUUGUAGACACAGCUGCCCUUGGGCAGACAAACAAAAGUGAGGCUCACAAUCUACACUUUUGGCCCCUCCGGCCACCACCAACACUCAGACAGCACAAAACACAUUCAUAUUCAAUGUGGGUAAAGUGCCUUGCCUAAGGACACAAUGACAGUUUUAGAAACC